UUUUGCACAAUGGGGAGUUGGGGACAGUCAAGAAUCUUUUGUAUAAACCAUACAAACCACUGAGGGGGCGGUUAUAGAAUUUUCAGCUUUUCCUUUUCAAUUAUAUUUGCAUUUAAGAUACUCAUUCCUUAAAGAUAGGGGGGAAAAUCUAAUACCAUCUCUUUUUUGACCUAUAAGAAAGGACCCUAGCUGCACUUCUCUCCAUUCAAACCCCAGAGACUGAAAGAAUGGGAGAAUUAGGAGAAGAGAUUGUUGUAGGAGAAGAGAUUGUGAACAACAUUAGCCUGAAGGACCUCUCUAAGAAGCUAGAUGAAUUUGCCAAGACCAGAGAUUGGGAGAAGUACCAUAGUCCCAGAAAUCUACUCCUUGCUAUGGUGGGAGAGGUAGGUGAGCUAUCAGAAAUAUUCCAAUGGAGAGGAGAGGUGGACAAGGGAUUACCAAAUUGGGAGGACUCAGAUAAAGAGCAUCUGGGAGAAGAGCUAUCAGAUGUGCUUCUUUACCUAAUAAGGUUGGCUGACAUAUGUGGCAUUGAUCUUGCUGAUGCUGCCUCCAAAAAGAUUGUAAAGAAUGCUAUCAAAUACCCACCACCCAAAGUCACCAAAGAUCUUCAUUAAGACUCGUAUCUUUGUUUGCCAAUUUUGUUUAAUAAGGUUGAACUUGGAUUUCAAUAAAGUCUUCAGAUGAAUUUAGAGUUAGCUAGAAGUUUUCAUCUUGUUUUUCUAAUUGAAUGAUAACUAAAGUCAUCUAUGAUCUAAGUCUGUUAUGGGAUUUUUUAUUUUAAAUUUAAUUUCAUUGAA